UGUACUGGUACGAAAUGGGGGGGAAUCUUAUAAACACAAUAUAUCUGUUCAAAUCCCUCAUUUCUGUGGUGCUUUCAACAACGGCAAGUUUUACCUCAAAAACUGAACUGAACAAAUGGUGGCAGUGUCGAAGCUGACAAAAUGAAAUCACUCGUAUUCCUCCUCCCUUUGGUCCUCUCAACAGCCUCAAACCCUCUCCGCCAACCCAAAGAAAUCGCCCAAAGACGUCAGCUCCUCGGUUACGUCAACAACAUCGUCCACGAAAACCCCAAUUAUCCCGAUCAAGCAGCACAAAGUUCAGUCAAAGUCAACUUCAACACUGACCAACGACAAAUCUACAAUUAUCAACAACAACAACAACAACAACCCGAACAAUCCCAACUAUUCAAUGUUGGAUACAGCGUCCGUUUUACCAACAACAACAACAACCGCCCCACGAUUAAACAAACCAGAAGCAACAACUUGGAAAAUGCUGAAAUUAUAACAGGAACUAGGAAACAAAACGAAGAAGUUCAAAGUCCUCAGGAUUUCAUCAGCAGCAAAAAACACAAAAUCUCAGGAAUUAAACCCAAGCCACAAGUCGUUUCCAGCUUCCCUAACCCGAAAAUCCUCCUAACUCAAGCGAACUUAUCACCAGCCACCCAAAAAUACUACAAGGCUUUAGAACAAGCCAAACCACAAAUCGCAAACGUGCAAGAUUUACAACAAAAGUACUCCUGGAGGAACCUAAGCCCGGGCGUCGAAAUCAUAAAAAGCACCGAAGUCCCAACUGUUAAAUACACAAGAACUGAGACAGGUUUUGACCACGUUAAGGCCCUUGGCAGGAGCCAAGACUUUGACCAAUCAAACGCCGUCGAAAACCAACAAAAUGUAUUAUAUUUCGCACGUCCCCAACAACAACAGCAAGUCCCACUUGUGGCCAAAUACCAAAUAGACACGUCCUUAUUGCGAGAGCAAGUCCCAAUUCAGGUCGAUGCGCGUUUUGUCAACGAAGAAAUGCGAAAAUUGGGACUUUAUGCAAAUCCUAAUGUUAAUCAGCCGGUUCAAGAGGUUAAUUAUCUCCAACAAGCUUAUAGAACAAUUCCGGACAGUUCACAAUUGAGACCAGUCCAAAUCGUCUACCAACAACAAGAACCGGAGCAAAACCGUUUUCAGUAUAAAAUUUACGGAAAACCUCAACCGAUUAAUCGACAAGCCGAAGAGCCAGUUUUACGUCAACCGAGAUUUUUGAAAGAUUUGUACACAAAUAUGAGACCGCCACCUUUUGAUAGCACCUAUCAACGAAUUGUACGCGUGUACAAAUAAAAAAUACUUGUUAUUGGUACGAUUAUAUUAUAGAGCUUAUUUCUUGUACUGGUUAGUUGUUUAAGUUUUUAUUUAUUACUUUGUUAUACAGAAUUUUUCAAUAAAGUCGAGUGUUUCAGUCGUAA